CAAGUUCGAAAAUAUACAUGGUAAUUAUUUGCCCUAAAACGCAAAACCCAUUACUAUGUACUCCAUAUUUUUAUUUUUGGUCAGUGUUUUCUUUACCAUAAAAAAAAAAUAAAAAACCUUAAAAAAAAAAGGUACUAUUUUCUUUUUUCCCAAUUAACAUUAGAAACCCCUUAAACCCUUGGCCCCAAUUUUUUACAGCGAGAGAACUCUCUGCUCUCUUUCUCCACUGAAAAAAUGGCAAUAGAGAAGAUCAAAGUGGAGGAGGAAGCUUGCAUGAUUCGCUUCUACAAGAUUGUUCUUAGCUGGGAUUACUUUCGUCUUCCUCAACAUUCUCAGAACUCUAGCAUACAAAGUAAAAAGGGUUUAAAGGAGGUGAAGGAUACAUUUAAAGAUGUUGAUGAUUAUCUUGCAACUUUUGAGCCUCUUCUUUUUGAAGAAGUCAAAGCCCAAAUUGUCAAAGCCAAAGAUGAAGAAGGGGCAUCAACUUUCGAGCAGAAGAUUUGUAUGGUUAAAGAAUGCAGUGAUUUAGACGGGUUUUAUUUCCCGGUUGUAUUUUACACAACGGAGGAGGAAGAUUCCUUUUUCCAAAAUGAUCUUUUGUUACUUUCGAAAGAGAAGAUUGUUGGUAAAAGGCUUCCUGAGACAUAUGCAUUUGCGUUGGUGGAGCAUCGUCAGAUAGAUUCUCUUAGACUCAGAAUGUUUGUACAAGGAGAGGUUAAGGGAACUGAUACCAACCGUACUGUGUCUAGCAUGAGACUUGCCAAUAUGCGUUCAUGUAUAAAAGUUGAACAAAUUAUUCUGCACAUGUCGAAGGUCUGCAGUUUAUCUACCAUUUUUCGCGAAUUUGUUGCCAUGCGGUCUAUUAGCUCUCUUCCCUUUAGGGAUGUAAUUUUGAAGGCUGCUGACAGCAGCGCCAAUUCAACUGGUCUUGCUUGGGAGAUCCCUGGGAAAUUGAUGGAAUCUAUUGAAAGUAAUCACAAUGUGUCUCAACUGGAAGCUAUACGUGCAGGGCUAUCACGGAAACCUUUUGUCUUGAUACAGGGUCCUCCAGGGACUGGAAAGACACAAACUAUUCUUGGGCUUCUUAAUGCUAUUCUGCAUUCUGUUCCAGCAAGAAUGAAUGCUAAGGAUAAACUGCGUGACAUGAAGCGAGGGCCGGAAUUGCCUAUGGAGGAGAAGUGCAAUCACUGGAGACUAGCAUCUCCCUGGAUAUCCAAGGUCAAUCCAAGAGAUGAGGUCAUGCCAGUUGAUGGUGACGAUGGGUUUUUUCCAACCACUGGAAACGAAUUGAAACCAGAAGUUGUAAAUUCUAGUCGCAAAUAUCGUGUUCGUGUGCUGGUUUGUGCCCCAUCAAAUUCUGCACUUGAUGAGAUUGUGUUGAGAGUUCUAAAUACAGGUGUUCGUGAUGAAAAUGACCGUGCUUAUAAUCCUAAGAUUGUGCGCAUAGGUCUUAAGGCUCAUCAUUCAGUACAGGCAGUUUCAAUGGAUUAUUUGGUAGAGCAAAAGCUAGCUGGUCUGGAGGGCCAUCUGGAUAGGCAGAAGCAAGGAGCUCCAGGGAGUGAUAGGGAUAGCAUCCGUGCAUCAAUUCUGGAUGAAGCUGUGAUUGUAUUCUCUACUCUCAGCUUCAGUGGUUCGACAAUUUUUUCUAAACUGAACCGUGGUUUUGACAUUGUUAUUAUAGACGAAGCUGCUCAAGCGGUGGAACCAGCAACUCUCGUGCCUUUGUCAACUGGAUGCAAGCAAGUGUUUCUGGUUGGUGAUCCUGUUCAAUUGCCAGCUACUGUGAUUUCUACUGUGGCUCAAAAUCUGGGAUACGGCAUGAGCUUGUUCAAAAGAUUCCAGAAAGCUGGAUAUCCAGUAUUGAUGCUCAAGACGCAAUAUCGUAUGCAUCCUGAGAUACGAAAUUUUCCUUCUCAAGAAUUUUAUGAUAAUGCACUGGAAGAUGGUGCUGAUAUUGAAGAACAAACAAAGCGUGUGUGGCAUGAUUAUCGCUGUUUUCGCCCCUUUUGCUUCUUUGACGUAAAGGAUGGGGCAGAUUCGCAACCUGAAGGAAGUGGAUCUUGGGUAAAUGUAGAUGAGGUUGAGUUUGCACUCCUCUUAUAUCAGAAAUUGGUUUCCAAAUAUCCAGAGCUCAAGUCAAGCUCCAAACUUGCUAUUAUUUCUCCUUAUAGACUUCAGGUUAAGCUCUUCCGUCAGCGUUUCUGGGAAAUAUUUGGGAUUGAUUCAGAAAAAAUAGUAGACAUAAAUACUGUUGAUGGUUUUCAGGGACGGGAAAAGGAUGUUGCAAUAUUCUCAUGUGUUAGGGCAAGCAAAGAGGGGGGUAUUGGAUUUGUUUCUGAUUUUAGGCGUAUGAAUGUCGGCAUCACCAGAGCUCGUUCAUCCAUCCUGGUUGUGGGCUCUGCAUCAACAUUGAAGAGGGACAAGCACUGGAGCAACCUCGUAGAAGCUGCUGUGAAGAAUAAUUCUCUUUUUGAGGUAACCAAGCCUUAUGCAUCAUUCUUUAGUGACGAACACAUGAAAUCCAUGAAAGUGGAGGUUGAGCCUGAUGAUUUCGAUGAAGAAAUGUAUGCACCUAUAUAUGGUGAUGUGGACAACUCUGUACAAGCAAUGGAUGUCGAUGAAGGUUUUGGUGAUGCAGGUGGUGAUGAUUAGUUUCAGAAUCUGCAUUGGGCAAACUGAAGAAGUAUAGUAGACGGGCUUCAUUUCUUGGGCAAACUGACAAUACUGCCAAGGCUGCACUUUGCAGGUUGAAGUUGACUGUAGAAAACUGAUGACGUAACAAUGACUACUAAUUUCUGCAGGCUGAGCUGUAGGAGAUGGCUUAUUGGAAAACUGGUAAUGACAUCAUCCCGAAAAUUUGAAGAUCAUGGGAUCGGAAGAGAAGGGCUUUGGACGGCAAGAUAUACCCCUGCCGGACUAAAGGGUUGGCCUCAUGGGAUAGUGAACCCUAUACAAUUUUGAAGAUUGAUCCUUUAUCUAUAUUUCUGACUUCAUAUCAGGAAAAUAUAAAACUAUACCGUUAAAGCUGUAAAUGACUUGUAUUUUUUUUUAUCAUUUAUUAAAAAACAAAUGUAUGUACUCAGGAGAUCCAUCAUUUAUUGUAGUAUAGUAAUUAGGAAAUCCAUCAUGAUGGUUCUUAAUAAUUGAAGUUACUAAUUAUGCUGAAUUAUAGUAUAUAGUAAAGUAUAUGUUAUGAUGUCAUGUUGGAUUCUAUUUGAUUAUAGGAUUAAAUAUGCUUAUUA